CUUUAAAAUGAAUCUCACCCAAUGUGCUUCCAGAUAUUUGUGGUCGCUCCAACAAUUGCAGGAAUCCUGUGAGAGAAAGUGAGAUUGGCGAAAGAGAUGGUGAAGAUCGCAAGCGUCAAGGCUCGUCAGAUCUUCGACAGCCGAGGCAAUCCCACAGUUGAGGCGGAUGUUUGCCUGUCAGAUGGAACUUUCGCUAGAGCUGCCGUCCCUAGCGGUGCCUCAACAGGUGUAUAUGAAGCUCUAGAGCUAAGAGAUGGAGGAUCAGAUUAUCUUGGCAAGGGUGUUCUCAAGGCUGUUGCAAAUGUAAAUGCUAUCAUUGGACCUGCUCUGAUCGGGAAGGAUCCAACUGAGCAGGUUGAAAUUGAUAACUUUAUGGUCCAAAAGCUUGAUGGAACCUCCAAUGAGUGGGGCUGGUGCAAGCAGAAGCUGGGAGCAAAUGCUAUACUGGCUGUUUCUCUUGCUGUGUGCAAAGCAGGAGCUAGUGUGAAGAAGAUACCUCUUUAUCAGCACAUUGCUAAUCUUGCUGGAAAUAAAACUUUGGUCUUGCCUGUACCUGCAUUUAAUGUUAUCAAUGGUGGAUCACAUGCUGGAAACAAGCUUGCUAUGCAGGAAUUUAUGAUUCUUCCUGUGGGAGCAUCCUCAUUUAAAGAUGCCAUGAAAAUGGGUGUGGAAGUUUAUCACAAUUUGAAGGCUGUAAUCAAGAAGAAGUAUGGGCAGGAUGCUACUAAUGUUGGUGAUGAAGGUGGUUUUGCUCCCAACAUUCAGGAAAACAAAGAGGGACUUGAACUUUUGAAGACAGCUAUAGAGAAAGCUGGAUACACUGGAAAGGUUGUUAUUGGGAUGGAUGUUGCAGCUUCCGAGUUUUAUAAUGACAAAGAUAAGACUUACGAUCUUAACUUCAAAGUGGAGAACAAUGAUGGCUCCCAAAAAAUCUCAGGUGACAGUUUGAAAGAUGUCUACAAGUCUUUUGCAUCUGAGUAUCCCAUUGUGUCUAUAGAAGAUCCAUUUGAUCAGGAUGAUUGGACCCAUUAUAGCAAGAUGACUGAAGAGAUUGGACAGCAGGUCCAGAUUGUUGGGGAUGAUCUUCUUGUCACCAACCCCACGAGGGUUGCGAAGGCCAUAAGUGAGAAGGCGUGCAAUGCCCUUCUGUUGAAGGUUAAUCAAAUUGGAUCAGUCACAGAGAGUAUCGAAGCUGUUAAAAUGUCUAAGCGUGCUGGAUGGGGUGUAAUGGCAAGCCAUCGAAGUGGUGAAACUGAGGACACCUUCAUAGCUGAUCUCUCUGUGGGUUUAGCAACUGGUCAAAUCAAAACAGGAGCUCCAUGCCGAUCAGAACGCCUUGCCAAGUACAACCAGCUUCUUAGGAUCGAAGAGGAGCUUGGCGAUGCAGCAAUUUACGCCGGUUUAAAGUUUAGGGCACCGGUGGAGCCUUACUAGGUGAUGCUAGAUCACCCUCGCUUGUCUCUUCAACCGUAUGAGUUUCUGGUUUCUCCAAGUUUUGUGAUGCCCGUGUUGUAACAUACUGUUUCAUGCAGUGGGCAGAAUAAGUGGCAAUUUUCCUAAUUGAACCUGGAAUAUGUUCAAUGAUGGCGUUGUCUUGUUGUGUUCAUUUUGCUUGCUUUGAGGAUUUUAGGAAUCACUUCUAUUGAGAUUA